AUGUCGGCAUUGGCGAUCCGUCCGGCGAGGUCACCGGCAGCGGUGGCGAGGAGAGCCGCUCUGGAGAAUGGCCUUGGCCGGACUCCCCAGAUGGGGUGGAAUAGUUGGAAUCACUUCGGCUGCAAAAUAAACGAAGAGAUGAUUCGACAAAUCGCUGAUGCUAUGGUGGGUACUGGCCUUGCAAAGCUUGGUUAUGACUAUAUCAACAUAGAUGAUUGUUGGGCAGCCAAUGACAGGGACUCUCAGGGUCAUCUAGUUCCAAAUCCAACAACAUUCCCAUCAGGAAUAACGGCCCUGGCAGACUAUGUGCAUGGAAAAGGGCUCAAGCUCGGAAUCUAUGGUGAUGCUGGGUCGCGAACUUGCAGCAAGUUGAUGCCCGGUUCGCUUGGAUAUGAAGAGCAAGACGCAAAAACAUUCGCAGCUUGGGGAGUUGACUAUUUGAAGUAUGACAACUGCAACAACCAGGGAAUCAGCCCGCAGCCAAGAUAUAACACGAUGAGCAAAGCGCUUCUGAAUUCUGGGAGGAGUAUUUUCUUCUCCCUUUGUGAAUGGGGUGUGGAUGACCCAGCAAAAUGGGCAAGUGGUGUAGGAAACAGUUGGAGAACAACUGGUGACAUCCAGGAUAAUUGGGCAAGCAUGACGGGCAUCGCCGACAACAACAACAAGUGGGCAUCAUAUGCAAGGCCUGGUGGAUGGAAUGACCCAGACAUGCUUGAAGUCGGAAACGGGGGAAUGACAACAGAGGAGUACCGCUCCCAUUUUAGCAUAUGGGCUCUAAUGAAGGCACCUCUAUUGAUUGGCUGCGACAUCCGCUCCAUGAGCAAAGAAACCAAGGACAUCCUCAGCAAUCAAAAUGUCAUUGCAGUUAACCAAGAUGAGCUUGGGGUACAAGGGCACAAAGUGCAACAAGAUGGAGACCAAGAAGUAUGGGCCGGUCCACUAAGUGGAGGUAGAGUUGCUGUGGUUUUAUGGAACAGAGGGUCUUCUGAAGCAUCCAUCACUGCUACCUGGAGCAGCAUUGGUUUUAAUUCAUCAACUGUCGCUGGUGCUCAUGAUCUUUGGACAGACGAGGUUUUAUCAUCAGUGCAAGGAGAAUUGAAGGAAUCAGUAGAUUCUCAUGCUUGCAAAAUGUAUGUGUUGAGCCCAAAAUAG